AUGUAUGCAGAGUCAAAAGAUUGGAAUAAUAAUAGAAAGAAAAAGGAUGAUCUAAAGAACAAAAUAGAAAAAGCUGCGAAAACAAAAUUCUAUAUAGAAAAAAAAAUUGCAAGACUAAUGAGAAUAAGGCAAGACAAUGAAUCUGUAGUUGGAUAUUCUAAUAGAUUUGAAUUACUUGCUCAUAUAAUAAAAGAUGAAGCAUUUAAUUACAAUGAAGCAACAAGUUUGACUAUGAAAAUUGAAAAAAACUCUCAAGAUAUCAUGAGUCGAAAAAAACCUGACAAUAACAUUCAUGAAAUAAAAGAGGCAAUUAAAAAAAUGGCUAAGGAUGAAGAUGGUGUAUACUUAAUGGUUGAAUUAGAUAACAAUAUAAAGCAAAGCUUGGCAAAUGUUAAAAAUCUAGGCAAAAGAAGACAAGAUAAUAGGCUUAUAAAAAACAAAGAACAAACAUUAAAGAAGGAAAAGAAAUUGGGAGCUAGACACAAAAGUGAAGAGUCACAUGAUCGAAGAAGCAAAGAAACUGAAGGACAAAUAGAGUUUUUGAAGCCAGUAGUAUUGUGA